AGUGCCCAGGAAAGGAGGUGUGGCCAGAAAAGGAGGUGUGGCUAGGCCUUGGAGCUGAUCCCGCCUCUUCCGGGGAUCUGGUGGCUGCGGUAGCAGUAGCGGCGUGUUUCUUCCAUGGCUGGGGAGGUUGAGUGGAUCUACCGGGGAGAUCCCCAGGAAGGGCAGAGAGCUCCGCUAGUUCAAUUUACAAAUGGGAAACUGAAGAAUCCUGAAAAUAUGAAUUUCACUUUGUACAGAAACAAAGACAUCAGUAAUCCCAGAAAGAAGAAUUAUACAAUUGUGAAUGCAGAAACAGACCGGCUGUCUUACGUAGGAAAUAACUUUGGUGCAGGAGCCCUAAAAUGCAAUAAUCUUUGCAGAUAUUUUGUCGGUGUUUUAGAUGAACCUUCUGGGAAAAUGGAGGUCUACAAUGCAGAAUUGUUCAACUUGCAGCCAUUAAUUUCAGAUGAUGUAGCAGAUAAUGACCUGUCAGAAUAUUUGGCUAAAUCCUAUAGAGAAAAGGUAGAUCUCUGCAUUGAAGCCUUUGGAACCAACAAGCAGAGAAAAGCCUUGAAUUCUCGGAGAAUGAAUGAAGUCAGAAAGGAGGUAUUAAAUAAAGCAGUGAUUAAAGCUGCAGAAGAUGUCAUAGAAACAAAAGGUGUUGCUGCAUUGGUUCAUGAUGCAGCAGAAGAUGAGAAAGCUGAUGUCUCCUUGGUUCUUCCUCCCUGCCAUGAAGAUGCUAAAACUCCAGAGGACGUCUAUAAAUUUGAAGAUAUCAUUUCACCUGCUGAAUAUGAGGCACUUCAAGCUCCAGCUGCAGUUUUCAUGAAUAUAACCUCAGCUGACAUUCUCAAGAUGACUGAAGAGAAAAGCUAUUGUUCCUUUGUCUUGGACAAACUUAAAUCCAUGCCUUCGGAUAAGAAGAGUUACGAUCACAAAGCACGUUGCCUCUGGUUUUUUGACUGUCUUGUCAAGCUGAUCUCACAAAAGGUUGUUAAGAAGAAACAUGCCAUGGGCCCCACUUGUCCAGAUAUCAUCAGCAACAAGCUUGUGAAAACUUUCACAGCACUGUCUUAUGGCAAUGGCAGGAUACAAAAUCUAAUUUCAGCUUCAAUGAAAGUUAAGAUAACAGCAUAUGCGAUAGCCCUGGCAUUGCAUAUUGACCGUUUUCAAACGAAUCUGACAGUCUUGCAGCGAGAUCUGAAACUACGUGAAAACAAAAUACUUGACAUUGCCAAGGCGAUGAGACUGAAGAUCAGCAAAAGCAAAAAUCUCUCUGGAUUUGAAGAACACAAAUUAGGGACCUUAUGCUUGCCUUUACCUGCACAGAAGAUACCUGCACGCAACCGGAAACGAAAAUUAACUUAAGAAUGUUUUUUCCUCUAGGACUUAAAACAAACUGGACAAAUUAUGGAUCAUCUGAACAGACCUACCAUUUUGUUGUCCUGAAAGGAAUGGAGAGAUUUGUACUUGUAGUUUAUACAUUUUUGUUUCUUGAGGUAUUUUAGCAGAGAUCUGCACUUUUACUAAAGUGCUAUGUUGUCAUUUGUGAUAUUUGAACAUUUGGCAUCUUGGUUCAAAACAGCCAUAUAAGCAAUAGUUUCCUCCAUCCAUGUAAAAUAGUUAAAAUGUGAGCAUGGCUGAAUAUGUACAAUAUUUAACAUUAACAUUAAAUAUUUUAAAAUGUUCCUUAUGUUUUUGGUAAUACUAAACAUUUUAAAAAAAAAAAAUUGUGCUUACUCAUUUUCAUUUAAUUAUGUAUUUUGUUGUAACAUUCCCAACUAUUUGUUCUAAAGCUCUAGGCUCUUUUCAGCUUUUUAUCUUACUGUAUUUUUUUAAAUAGAAAUGCAGUUGUAGUUUCAACUGUUUCUUUAAAGCAGUGUAGAGUUUGAACAAGGUGAAUGAUCUAAAAUCACACAAUUUACCUGUGAUCAGGACAUGGAAUGCAAGUGGUUGCUAUAAAGGAGAGCGAUGAUACACUAUUCUUUUCCAAUCUGGUCACCUAUAAACAUAUUGGGCCUCAACUGUCAUAAUCUCUAGCCAACACAGCUGAAUAAAUGUCGAUAUAGCAAUCCAGACUUAUUUAUUAAGACUGCUUGGUUUUUAAGACUGGAGAGCUAUCAUCUGUCUCUUUGGUCCUUCUCACACUGUACCUUACAUUCCUUUUCCCUAAUGCCCAGUCUGUUGUCAAAAUUCUUAUAAGCUGAACCAUGUUUUAUAAACAGACAAGCAACAUUUACAUGCACACAUUAUAUUUGGUUGACAUUGGUCUAUAACUAACCUUCGUGCAGCUUAAACUUUCCAUGGUGGGCUGGAGUUAUAAAUAGUACUAAUAAAGCCACGUUCAUAUAAACUGAAUUUUGGAGGCAUAUGCAGUAUCUGAGUACUUCCCUGGCUCCCAUCUCUCUCACACACCAACAACUUGCAGAACAUUUAAGAAUUUCUCUUCAUUGUGCAGUUAAUUGAAGAUACACAAACCCUUUGCCUCUUGUUGCCUUCCAUAAUGUAUCAGGAAAAAAUAAAUCAGCAAAAUAUCUGCAUUUAAAAUAAAAUAUUUUUUUAUUUUGUACUACACAUAUUUCCCUUUAUAAAACUUUUCAAAGAAUAGUUUGAAUUUCUUUUAACAAGAUAUAUGUUAAACAAAAUGUACCAGAUUAUCAUCCAGCCCAGUUAUAAGCUUAAAACGUAUUAGUGGUCAAUUCCAGUUAAGUUACAAUGCUUUAAGAAGUGGUCUAUGGCUCGAAUGCACUUUAUUGCUGACAGUGCAGUCUCAUGUCUGGAAGUGAGAGUAUAGCAAAGUUUACUACAAGGUGUGUGUAUAAAAUUGAAGUUUAGAAGUCAAAGAACUGAGGCAAUUAAGUUAGUGGCAUCUAAGUGUUAAUAAGACAUUCAAUUGAUUGUUUACAGUGGACUGAGAACCGUCAAUGACUUGUCUAUAAUUGAAACUCAUGAGAGAGUACGUUGUACUGGGAAUAUUAAUAUUGAAUUCAUAAUUGUGUUGGUAGUUAGAAAAGCUGUAUUAAGUAAAACGUUUCUGAUCCUGAACAGUAGGCGCUAGUUCAUUCUACCUACUCCUUUACUUAAGAAGUCUUAAGAGAACUGGAAAACGGGCUUCAGAGAGAAGGCCCAACUGGCAGUUUUCCCCACUUCCCACUCAGGGAAAUGCUUUCUCCACCUGAUAAACUGGAUCCAGCCCUAUAAAAAUACUUCUGGCUUGCUUAUUUUGCUGGCUUGCAGCUUAAGCCAAUGCAUAUUUAUUCCAAAAUGGAAUAGUUAACAAUUGGACUUUCCUACGUGUGCAUAGGAUUUCAGACUGAGUUGCAAAGAAUUUCUAUAAAACCAUGCUAUUUGUAGAUCACACCUUUUUAAAAUGCUUUCUUUUUUUACAAUUAUCCAUACAUUAUGAAGAUAACAGAACCAUAAGUCCAUGUGCAGAUGACAUUCUCUUUUCUCUCAUUAAACCGUGCUGCUUUUUGAAAGCCGCCUGUUUUUACUGUUUUCUAGAAAAGAAUGGGCAACUGUAAAAUUGUAAACUCACACAACAAAGGAGAAACUAAGUAGUACAAAGCCUCCUUUGUCCAGGUUCAGCCUCUGGCAUCUUCAACUUAAAAGAAAUGAAGUAAUCCAAGAUCCUACCCAAGCUGCUAUGACGAGUGAACAGGACUGAGAUUUCUAUAUUUGGUGCAAGGCAAGAUUCUAUGCCCCAUUCAAACACAAAGGUAUAUAAAUGUGUGUUAUUAUGGUCUGCUGGUUAUCUCAAGAGCACUGUUCCAUGUUCUGACAAUAGACGAUAAGAUGUAACUGAAUAAACCAAAAUGCUAUUGUCUCCUAAUCAAGUGCUCAUGACCAUUCUUCUACCAGAGAUCAAUUAGAGCUUACCAACCAAGAGCUAGUGAGAUUUAUUUCCAUGCUACAAAUGCAGCAUAGUGGUAGCACACACUACAGUAGACUUGUCUAGGCUUCAGAUCAACAGAGACCCUCAGUCUCCUCUGAAAACAGUCAAUAGGUUUUUUCCCCCAGUUUAUAUGCCAUUGCAGCUGAAAACACAGCUUGGGAGCCCGUUUUCGCUGGCAAAGUGCUCGGGCCGCCAUAGGGCCCCCCGGCAUGAGUGAUGUUGAGCUGGCCACACCCAAGGGCAAACACAAUCCUGAUGCAGCACUCAAUGAAAUCAAGUUUGACACCCCUACUCUAUUUUACUAGGGCACCAAUCACACCCUUUUCAUUUUGAACACUUAUUUUAAUUGCAGUUGUAUGACAGACCCAGAUUAGUCUUCAAAGUCCUGAGAUUUUAACCUACUACAUUAUUGCUUGCCACCUAACUGUUAAAACAGGUACCAGCUCUGUGAAGUAAAGAAAAAUGACAAGGCCAGUUCACUUUGGUACCUUUAAAAUACCUUCAUUACUUAACCUUGAGAAUUUCAUUAAAAACUCUCCAAGAAAUCAACUUGCUGAGUCGCCAUAUCUUGCUUCCUCUAAGAUUAUUGUAGG